ACCUCUCAUACUAUUAUGUGGUCUAGUUUUCUGACGCUUCUAACAGAGUAUUCAAUAAUAACUAUAUUUAUUUAUAUGAUUUCUAUUAGCAGGUUCAACUCAAGUAUCAAUAACUCCUAAAAUGGCAACCUGUUCAAAUAUGAUGAUGGUCAUAAUUCUCACAGUGAUUUGCAGCAGAGUUAUAUGGCAAGUUAAUGGUUGUAGUGGAAGGGACUCCAGAUGCGGACGUGACGGCCCGCCAAUCCGAUUUCCCUUCCGACUUAAAGACAGUAAAACUGAACAUGGGUGCAGCUAUACCGGCUUUGAUCUUACUUGUUCAGAUAAACACAAAACACUUAUUGAGCUUCCUUUACAUUCUGGUCCACUUAUCCUCCAAGUCAUAAGCAUAAAUUAUCUAAGCCAAUUUCUAACAGUAUCUGACCCGGAAAAUUGCAUUCCAGGACAGUUUUUAAAGCUCUUUCAAUCACAAACUUCUCUUCAAUCACAAACUUCUCCCUUUCAAUUAGAUGGUAAUCCCCCCAAUGUCACUUAUAACUUCACUUUCCUCCAUUGUAGCUCAUUAUCCUGCCCGGUUCAUGUUGUUGAGUCUUCUGAUACACUGCUUGAUUCGGGUGUGGAUCCAAUACUUUGCACCAAGACUUUAGAUAUUACUUCUUCAUCAGUGUACCCGCCAAUAUAUCAACAGGACAAUUUGUAUUUGGCUUGGUCACAACCCAAUUGUUUCAAGUGUGAAAUAGAAGGCAAGAUGUGUAAACUGAAAAUCAACGGAACAGAAGAUGAGACAGAAUGUUUUGAUCGUCAUCACAAACCUACUAAGAAAAUAAUUCUAUAUGUCACAGUUCCGUUCGUUGGUUUGAUUCUGGUGACAUUGAUUCUUACAACAUGUUUGCGUGUCUAUAACUAUUUUAAAAUGAAAGGUGAAGAUGAGACUAGAAUUGAAAAAUUCUUAGAGGAAUACAGGGCGCUAAAUCCUGCAAGAUUCUCGUAUGCCGAUAUAAAGAGAGUUACGAAUAAUUUUAGAGAAAAGUUGGGUGAAGGAGCUCACGGAGCAGUUUUCAAAGGUAAAUUAUCUAAUGAAAUUUUCGUGGCUGUGAAGAUGCUUAAUAACACAGAGGGUGAUGGAAAAGAAUUCAUCAAUGAAGUGAAAGCUAUGGGAAAAGUUCAUCACAUUAAUGUGGUUCGUUUGCUUGGAUUUUGUGCUGAUGGAUGCUAUCGUGCUCUUGUUUACAAUUUCUUUUCAAACGGUUCAUUACAAAAUUUUAUAACCCGACCUGAUGAUAAGGACCGCUUUCUGGGUUGGGAGAAAUUACAUCAGAUUGCUAUCGGCAUAGCAAAGGGUAUUGAGUAUCUUCAUAUGAGUUGUGAUCAACAAAUUCUUCACUUUGAUAUUAAUCCUCACAAUGUGUUAUUAGACGACAAGUUACUUCCCAAAAUAACAGAUUUUGGUUUGGCUAAAUUGUGUUCUAAAGAUCAAAGUGCUGUUUCAGUAACUGCUGCAAGAGGGACUUUGGGUUACAUUGCGCCUGAAGUAUUUUCGAGAAACUUUGGGAAUAUAACGUAUAAAGCUGACAUAUAUAGUUAUGGGAUGUUACUACUAGAAAUGGUUGGAGGAAGAAAGAAUAUAAGUCAGUUGUCAGAGGAAAAUUCUCAAGUUCUAUAUCCAGAAUGGAUUCACAAUCUCUUUGAAGGGAAAGAUAUGCAAGUGAAAAUUGAGGGAGUAGAAAAUGAUAUAAUAUUAAAGAAGCUUGCAAUUGUAGGACUAUGGUGCAUUCAGUGGCACGCAAUAAACCGCCCGUCAAUAAAAGUUGUGCUUCGAAUGUUAGAGGCUUUAGAAGAAGAAGACUUGGUUGUGCCGCCAAAUCCUAUUAGCUCAAAUACUUUCAAAGUUGCUGAAAUCCCGACAAAAUACUCGACCUUAGAGUUGGAAUCUAUACAUGAAUGAUAUAUAUUACUCGCAUGAAAGAACAUAUGAAGUGGAUCAAGACUAACUUUUUAUAUGUCAUGUAUGUGUUGUAUUAAUCUUGAUGUAUUUCAAUAGUUUUUUAAGAAGAGAAAUAAUAUUGAAGGGUGUAUAAGGGAAACUCUACUCUGUUAUAAAUUAUACAAUCUGAUCACAACACCAUGGUAACGGGAAACUACCAACUUUUUAUGAAGGAUUACCGAAUACUCCCUCGAUCAUGUGCUCGCAAGCUAGACUAUACAAUAACACACCACCAAUAUAGUACAAUGCAAAUUUCCUUCAUAUUAGUAUUUACAGACUAAAUGAUUUGAUGAUACACUUAAACAUGUAGUUAACAGAAUUUUUCGUGCGUCUAAUCCUAAAUCAAUUGUUACAAUCUGAAUAACUUCCUGGUAUCACCUGCACUCUGGAUUUCUUAAUGGUAUGAAGGGGUAAAGAAAUUAAGGUACACUAAAGUCUUUGCACCUGAUAUUGACUUCAGAUUUAUUUGUGAUUUUAGAGUUGAGUGGCCCAUACCUGAAUUCUAUUAUCUCCUUCCAAUUGGCUAUAGAAUCAGCAAGCAAUGCCGUUUCCAUUUGUUUAGAAAAGUCAUAUUGAACGCUUCUAAAUUCUUCACACUGAUCCCUACUUAGUGCUUCCUCCUACAAACCCAACAAAUUUUACAAAUGUUGGAGGAUCCGCCCCAAAGUACUAAUGUUGAAUGCUAACGAGGGAGUGGAGAAUUUCCUUUGGGGCCUUGUAGAAGGAUAAGAAAUACAGCUGAAUGCUACUUAGGGUUGAGUUGGUAAGAGUAUCUCUUCCUUCGAUGGAAAAAUAUUUGACUUUUCAAAGAGAUAGCCUUCUCAUAUUUUCAAUAACCGGUUGCCAUGUAACUCACCUUAUUGGGUUUAUCUUAUUGGCAGUCCCAAGAAGUUGAAUGGUAAAAGCUCUCUGUUGUAUACUAGAAGAAAUGAUGUCGCCACUUGGAGAAAGAUAUCCUCUUUGUUUAUUAUGUACAUUUUGCUUUUGAAGAAGUUAAUUCUUAGUCCUAAUACUAGUUCAAAGCUUCUCACAAUUGUUUGAAAACACCAUAGCUCAUUCUCAUUCUCAUUCCCACUUCAAAAGAGAAUGGUAUCAGAUUUGAAAUUUCAUACUCUCAUUGGUUUUGACCCGUGUAAGUCGCCAAUUGAGUUGAAUUCAUAUUCGUGAGCCCUUAUGUUGCUACUAAAAACAAAAAUGGUUGCAUAAAAAAGGGCAAUGAAAAGCAAUGACCAAGAAGAUAGAGUUUCACCAAGAGUGGUCGGCUUUCCUUCCACUACCUCAUGCUCUGUGUUGAGCUGAUCUCGGGGGAUUUUUACUCCAAGACACAACAAUUCCACCUUGUUCACAGCAUUAAUAAAGUAGACAUACAUCACCUGGAUGGAAACAAAGACGAUAUUGUCAUAUUCCUUCUUUAACAUUUUUAGAUGCUCAGUUAGAGUUUUAACCUCUUCCUCAUGAGACUUCUUCCCACUCAUCAAAGAAAACUCGAUGUCAUCCACCAUUUUGUUUAUAGUCUUAAGAGAAUCCUUAGUCUUAUUCAGAGUAUCUCUAACGCUUAAUAACGAUGUCUAGACCUCGCCUAUAGUCAUUUCAUUUUUCUCCAUGAGCCCUUCCAAGACCAAAUGUUUUACCUUUGUAGCAAGAACAAAAGGGGGUUUGUUCUCUUUAGUCUCCUUUUGCGAAUAUGCCAAAAACCCUUUUGCUUCGGUAAGAUUCUUCUAAUUAAUGAAUAAACAUGAUAAAAUGAACAAGCAUUGAAAGUCAUACAUAAAGUCAAAUUUCCUAUCCUCGCCAAAUAUCCUUUUUUUUCUCUUCUAUGGUGGCUUCCUCUACCAGCAAUUGGGCUUCCUAAUCAUAAGAAGGGCCAACACCAUCUACAAAACCAUAAAAUCUAAAUCAUAAAAGACAAUAAACUCAGUCUUCAAACCCUUUUCUUUCUGAGACAGAUAUGAAAACUUGAAGACAUACGUGUUCGAAGCCUACAAAGUAGCAGUCAUUCCAAUACUUAUGAAGAAUAACCCUCUUGUUAUACACACAAGCUCUCAUGAGUCUCACAACCAAGUGGUAUCGAUCCUUAAACUAUUUGAUGUUGUCCAUGUAGGCUUCAAACAUCAUUUUUCUUGCUCGAAGGAAAGCAACCCUUGCUCCCGAUCCUCCAUGUCAAUAUUAGGUACGUUGUAUAUUAAAGAGACGGAACACAAGUUUUAAGGUAGGAGUGUUAUUAUUAUAUUCAUACUGGUACUAAAAUACCUUUACAUGAGCCCAAAUCACCGGGUGCAGUUGCGAGAGCAUGAUUUUCAAAUGGUUUAUAACCCUAACUUUGAAUUCAUUGAAAGGAAACUUGGAUCGCAUUAUGGAAAACAAGCACUCAUGGAGGGGCAACGUACACCAGCCAAAGUGGUUGCAUAACCUUUUAUCCAACACUACAUUGGAGAUCAUCCAAUCAGAAGACAUGCCUACAUCUUGAUGGGCAUUAUCAAUCUUGCAUGUCUCAUUGAAGAUAGAUGUGGUACGCAAGACGUCUUGUUCCAUCCAUGGGUUCUAGUCUACGUUAGCAAAAAUCUUGAGAUCACCUUGUCCCCUCCGUACCAUCUCCUCAUCAUUGUCAACAAGCAAAAAAUUACAAUCGUGAGUUUCGGAACAGGGUCGAACCCAAUCAAUUACCUAACCUUAUAAUCACUUGAAUCCCUACCUUAUUGACACCUAAAGGCCUUAAUAUAAACACAGUCUUUCUAUUCAUUCUAGUACUCCUUUACCAUGUCAGAGUUUGUUAUGGAGAUUUCGGGGAAAGCAAAGCCACGACCAACUUCCCUGACUUCAAUCCUAAACAGGUUAGCUCCCUCAUCUUCCUCCACAUCCAUUUCAAUGUCUGCCUAAUCUUUGGCACCUUUCUGACCCUUCAACAUCCUUCCGGAGUUACCCACAUCGUUAGAACAAUCACUAAUCUAUAUAAAAUAUACUGAAGGAUAUCUCAAAUCUAAAGGAGAUACUUCCAAUAUAUCUGGAUUUACCAUUCUAAUUCACGAAGAAGCAUCGCUUAUAUCAUCCUUACUAGACAAUUCUGUGAAAGCAUUGUUUGGGUUUUCUAUGUUGGACAUGACUAGAAAUAAAUAGAAAAAUCUGAAAGGAUGGAAAAAGAAGGUGUUAACUCGAGAAAAUUGGACCCAAUCCAACGUUUUUCCACACUUCACGUCGCGCCAACAAGAAGCAGUUUUAACCUUCCACCAUAUAUAAACUUCGUAACAGGUACAAUUUCAUUCACUUAUGCAAAAUUUUCUCAUCUCUGACUUCAUUGACUUGAGCGUUGGAACGUUAAUCUUGUAAGCACACUCCCGCUACAUUGCACCAAAAGUCUACACAGUCGCAUAAGUAUACUUAUUUUAUGACAUAAGUUUUGAGAGACUAGUUAUUUGAAAAAACCGAUGAAAAUAACUUAUAUCAUUGUUCAUAACUUAUUUUCAUCUUACUUUUAUAAAUUUUCUAAAAUAACAAAACUUAAUUUUAUUAUUUAACAUGAUAUUUUUUAAGAA